AUAGCAAGUCGAGCAAAUUAUUUAGAAAAUGUGAAAUUAUAUGUAUGGGAGGUUUAAAGAAGUGCUAUUAAAUCAUAGAUGUGUCUGGACGAUGUGACGCCAUUGAAAUAAAGUGCAAGUUUCCGUAAUUUGAUUGCCUAUUAAUGUUUUGAAGGCGGAAAACUAUUUGUUUAAAGUAUCAAUUAGCCGCAGUGACGUGAAUCUUCCAUCCCACAUUCCGUUGCAUGUUCUCCCCCACAGCGUAACGUCAUUCGAAUUCCCACACAUACACACACAAGCAUGCAUACAUGCAGUCGAGGAGAAACGUCAAAACUGACAUAAGCGCCACUUAGCGUUGGCAAUGCCACCAAUGAACCCUGCGCACAGAGGGUUGGCAGGCGCACUUCCUUGCUUCCUUGCGAGUUGUAACGGUACUGCCGUAUGGGCGACAGGGAUGACUCGUUAUCAACGGCACAAUGCAAAACAAAGACGCACAGUGCUGCAUUCAAAGUGGAUACGUAUACUUUGUGUACAUUUUGGCCAGUUGGUUGUCCGCUAGGCUUCUGCACCGUGUGGCAUAUGCUCGUUUCGUUCUAUUUGGGGCCUUCCAGGUCGCUCACGCGCGCAUAGCACACAAACAUGCCAACAGACAUUCACUGGCCUGGCUGACGCACACAUGCAAACGCCAGCCAAGAUACACGCACACAGCGACACAUGCAUAACGGUAAUAGCAGCAAUGUAGCUGCUUGUAAUACAUUGUGACCAAGUUGAAGUGUAAGGUUCGUUGAAUUUUCCCCCGAAUGGUUAGACAAAAUCGUUGAUAGCUCCAGGAAAAUUCUCAGAAAAAUUGGGGAAGGAUUUAAUGUGGUGAAAUACAGAGAUAUAAAACAAAACAAAAACAAACCGAAUUAAUUGAAAAUAGCUUACAGCAAAUAGAAAAAAGUUACAAACUAAAUUUUUUACAGUAAAAUAAGUACAUAGAAAUAAAAAAGUUAAAUACAAGUAAUUGUUUAUAAAAUAAUCAAAUCAAAGCCAGGCGUAUCACGCACACCACUGCCUCCCCAAUAAAAAAAAAAUUAAAUUAAAAUAAAAAUUGCGUGAAAAUUAAGAAAAAAAAUGAAUCUCCAAUAUCUCUACAUACUCCAAUGUAUGCAGGUGUGAGUGUGUGUGCGUGUGUUUAUGUUUGCAAAUCGCCAAAAUCGUCGCAAUUCUCAUCUGUAAAAUUCAACCUCAACUCAUCAUAAUCAGCCAACAACACCUGUAAAUAUUCAACAACAAACAAACGUAGUCCAUUUGAGGCCGACUAUAUACUACCUAAAAAGCAAAAACAUAUACAAAUAAAUAUCGAAAAGUUCGGCGUGUAUACCGAAAAUUUAAUUGCAAUUGAAGUUUACUAAUGAAUGGAAAAAAUAAAGCAACUUUCAGCCGCGUUAAAUUAUAAGAAGUGCAACAUUGCAAAUGUGUGUAAAUAAAAAUUUUCUAAUUAAUCUGUGAUUUCUGUGAUUUAUUUUCUCUCGCAUUGAAUUUGCAAAUAACCAGAAAAUUAGUGAUUUCGCAACUUAUGCUAAAUACAAAGAUUAAACAAAUCAGCGGGUGAAAGUCAAAAGUCAAAGUAGGCUUCAACUUGGGUUAUCGCUGACAGUGGUGACAUAUAGUGGCAUUGAAUUAUAUUAAUCUAGUGAAAUAGUAAAUUAAUCAAAAGUAAAAACUAAACUAACCUGAUAUAAAUACUAAUAAUAAUACAACAUAAUAAAUGCUUAAGCAAUAAGUUACUGUAAAUAAAUGCAACAAGGUAGAAACUCCGUAUACUCAUCGAACCAAAGGAUUCAUCUUAACUUAAUAAUAACCAAUGCAACGGCGAUAAGAAACUACACUUAAGCAAAAAAUAAUCAUUAACGCACGGGAAAUAUAACUGCUAGUCAACAACAGCAACAAAUUAACUGAAGCUAAUUAGUGUAAAUCGUCCAUUACGUAGCUUGUGUAUAUAACAACUGCACACGCCUACCGCCUACUACGUAUAUAAGCAUUUACAUCGCUGACUGCUGCAUCAAAACUGCAGUACAUACAUACAAACGUAAACAUUUGCGCGCUUGGCGGCGUUUAGUUAAAUUUGUCAUUUUUGUAUGGCUUGAGAUUCGCCACUAACAAAAAUACCACACAAAUACAUAUACUUAUUUAUUGCUUCGUUAAUUUUGCAAAAUAGAGUUUCCUUCGCCGUAAACGUCUGCUUCGAAUUUUCUGUUCUUUUCACUUCGUAUUUAUCUUCUUCUUCGAUCAACGCGUUAAACUGUUCGUGUCAUCAGUGUUAAAUGUCAAAUAGUCGAUUGCUUGCCACGUAAAUGACGUGUCAAUCCGGAGAAAUGAGUGUAGUCGUGCAUCUGGUGUAGCACAACUAUGGCCAAGCGGUCUUCUAUAAACCAUCAGAAUUUGGAUACAUUGACGGUUGGCAGCGGCUCAGGAAGCGGCGCUAGCAGGGCAUCAACAGGGCUCCACAAGCGGGGGGCACUCGGGUCGAAGGGGAGCCCAUCGCUUAGCUGAUAGAAUGGGUGGCCCAAAGAAAGACGACACACCACCCGGUGGUGGUCCAACAUCAUUAUUUAUCCUCACCGAGGAUAAUCCAAUUAGAAAAUACACACGAUUCAUCAUUGAAUGGCCGCCCUUCGAGUAUGCUGUGUUAUUGACAAUCAUUGCCAACUGUGUUGUGUUGGCUUUAGAAGAACAUUUGCCUGGGAGUGAUAAAACAGUAUUGGCUCUGAAACUGGAAAAAACGGAGACCUAUUUUUUAUGCAUUUUCUGUGUAGAAGCAUCGCUCAAGAUCCUUGCCCUAGGGCUUGUUCUGCAUAAACACUCCUACCUCAGGAAUAUUUGGAACAUCAUGGAUUUUAUCGUCGUAGUAACGGGAUUUAUGGCACUGCUCCCACAAAAAUGGAUUGAGGUAGAUCUAAAAACAUUAAGGGCUAUACGUGUGCUAAGGCCCUUAAAAUUAGUCUCUGGAAUUCCUAGUCUACAAGUAGUUUUAAAAUCCAUUAUAAAGGCUAUGGCGCCGUUGCUUCAAAUUGGACUUUUAGUCUUGUUUGCGAUCGUUAUAUUUGCAAUCAUCGGACUCGAGUUCUAUUCGGGUGCCCUGCAUAAAACUUGUUAUAGUUUGGAAGAUCUGAGAAGGUCCGUUAAGGAAGGCGAAUCAGAGACACCCUGCUACUCGGAUAAUUCAUCGAUGAGAGCGACUGGUUCAUUCACAUGUGAUUAUAACACGAGUAUGUGUCUGGAUAAAUGGGAAGGGCCAAAUUGGGGCAUUACUAGUUUUGAUAAUAUCGGCUUUGCCAUGUUGACUGUGUUCCAAUGUAUCACAAUGGAGGGCUGGACAGCAAUACUGUAUUGGACCAACGACGCUUUAGGUUCAGCAUUUAAUUGGAUAUAUUUCGUGCCUCUUAUAGUUAUAGGCUCAUUUUUUAUGCUCAACUUAGUUCUCGGUGUCCUUAGCGGUGAAUUCGCAAAAGAACGUGAAAAAGUAGAAAAUAGACAAGAGUUUCUUAAACUUAGAAGACAACAUCAGCUAGAAAGAGAAUUGAACGGCUAUGUUGAAUGGAUUUGUAAAGCUGAGGAAGUGAUCUUAGCCGAAGAGCGUACAACUGAGGCGGAAAAAAUGCACAUAAUGGAGGCACGGAGAAGAAAUGCAGCGAAGCGUAAAAAACUGAAAAGCUUAGGCAAAUCGAAGUCAACAGACACAGAAGAGGAGGACGGUGAAGAAGACUACGGGGACGAUGAGGGUGGUGAAAAGGGCGAUGAAGGAUAUCUAAAAUCACGCCCUAAACCUCAAGGCAGCUGUACGGGCUUUUGGCGGGCCGAAAAGCGCUUCCGCUUCUGGAUACGACACACUGUGAAAACACAAUGGUUCUAUUGGUUUGUCAUCGUACUCGUAUUCCUGAACACUAUGUGCGUCGCAGUAGAGCACUAUGAUCAACCACAAUUUUUAACAGAUUUUUUAUAUUAUGCUGAAUAUGUCUUUUUGGGUCUAUUCAUGUCGGAGAUGUUCAUCAAGAUGUAUGCGCUGGGACCGCGCACCUAUUUCGAAUCGUCGUUUAAUCGAUUCGAUUGUGUCGUCAUUAGUGGUUCGAUAUUCGAAGUUAUAUGGUCCGAAGUGAAAAGCGGUUCAUUCGGUUUAUCCGUAUUGCGAGCGCUACGUUUACUUCGUAUCUUCAAAGUGACCAAAUAUUGGUCAUCCUUGCGAAAUCUUGUGAUUUCGUUGUUGAACUCGAUGAGAUCCAUCAUUUCACUGUUGUUCCUGCUCUUCUUAUUCAUUCUAAUAUUUGCACUACUUGGCAUGCAAUUGUUUGGCGGGCAAUUUAGUUUUAAAAGCGGUACCCCCGAAACAAAUUUCAACACAUUUCCCAUAGCCUUACUUACAGUCUUUCAAAUUCUAACCGGUGAAGAUUGGAAUGAAGUCAUGUAUCAGGGAAUUAAAUCACAAGGUGGCUAUAAGAAAGGAAUGAUUUAUUCUGUAUACUUUAUCGUUUUGGUACUCUUCGGUAAUUAUACACUGUUAAACGUAUUCUUGGCUAUCGCUGUCGAUAAUUUAGCGAAUGCCCAAGAAUUGACAGCUGCCGAAGAGGAGCAAGUCGAGGAAGAUAAGGAGAAGCAAUUGCAGGAGCUUGAAAAGGAGAUGGAGGCGCUGCAAGCAGACGGCGUCCACGUAGAGAACGGUGACGGCGCAUCCAUACCGAAUAAGGCAAAGAGUAAAAAGAAAGAAGAGGAAAAGAAGGAGGAAGAAGAAGUGACGGAGGGUCCAAAACCAAUGUUGCCAUACUCAUCUAUGUUUAUACUAUCACCAACGAACCCUAUACGCCGCGGCGCACAUUGGGUUGUUAAUUUGCGAUAUUUUGAUUUUUUCAUAAUGAUCGUCAUCUCAUUGUCAUCGAUAGCGUUAGCAGCCGAAGAUCCUGUUCGUGAGCAUUCGUCACGAAACGAAAUCUUAAAUUAUUUCGAUUAUGCAUUUACCGGCGUAUUCACAAUAGAAAUGUUACUAAAAAUUGUAGAUUUAGGCGUUAUAUUACAUCCAGGCAGCUAUUUAAGAGAAUUCUGGAAUAUUAUGGAUGCUGUGGUCGUUGUAUGCGCUGCUGUUAGUUUCGGUUUCGAUAUGAGCGGUAGCAGCGCUGGACAAAAUUUAUCAACCAUCAAAUCGUUGCGCGUACUGCGCGUCCUGCGGCCAUUGAAAACCAUCAAGCGUGUACCAAAAUUGAAAGCCGUCUUCGACUGCGUAGUGAAUUCAUUGAAAAAUGUUGUUAACAUUCUAAUCGUGUACAUAUUAUUUCAAUUUAUAUUUUCCGUAAUUGGUGUACAAUUGUUCAAUGGGAAAUUUUUUUAUUGUACGGACGAAAGUAAACAUUCUUCCGAAGAGUGCCAGGGUUACUAUUUUAAAUAUGAGGAGGACGAGUUACUUCCAAAGCAGGAAGAGCGCAUUUGGCGGCCGCGUAGUUUUCACUACGAUAACGUGGCGGCGGCAAUGCUGACGCUUUUCGCGGUACAGACCGGCGAAGGAUGGCCACAAGUUCUACAACACUCAAUGGCUGCCACGUAUGAAGAUAGGGGUCCCAUACAAAAUUUCCGGAUCGAAAUGUCCAUAUUUUAUAUUGUGUAUUUCAUUGUAUUUCCAUUCUUCUUCGUGAAUAUAUUCGUGGCCUUGAUUAUCAUAACAUUUCAAGAGCAAGGCGAGGCUGAGUUGCAAGAUGGUGAAAUUGAUAAAAACCAGAAAUCCUGCAUAGAUUUCACAAUAGGCGCGCGGCCGCUCGAACGGUAUAUGCCCAAAAAUCGAAACACGUUCAAGUACAAAGUCUGGCGCAUUGUAGUCUCGACGCCAUUCGAAUAUUUUAUAAUGAUGCUAAUUGUGUUCAAUACUUUACUGCUUAUGAUGAAGUAUCAUAACCAAGGUGAAAUGUAUGAGAAAUCACUUAAAUAUAUCAACAUGGGAUUCACGGGGAUGUUCAGCGUUGAGACCGUACUGAAAAUCAUUGGAUUUGGCGUUAAGAACUUCUUCAAGGAUCCGUGGAACAUUUUCGAUCUGAUCACCGUUGUGGGCAGUAUUGUCGAUGCGCUUUGGAUGGAGUUCGGGUCGAACUCAAUCAACGUUGGCUUCCUGCGUUUAUUUCGUGCGGCGCGUCUCAUAAAAUUACUCCGUCAAGGAUACACGAUACGAAUCCUGUUGUGGACAUUUGUACAAUCGUUCAAAGCACUUCCAUAUGUCUGUUUGUUAAUAGCCAUGCUCUUUUUUAUUUAUGCUAUUAUUGGAAUGCAGGUGUUUGGGAAUAUCAAACUAGAUACAAUGGAUAAUACCAUUACUAGGCACAACAACUUCCAAUCAUUUAUACAAGGCGUCAUGUUGCUAUUCAGAUGUGCAACUGGCGAGGCGUGGCCGAACAUUAUGCUGGCGUGCCUUAAGGGGAGGCCAUGCGAUGAAGAGGCCGACAAAGGCAACGAAACAUGCGGGUCAACGCUGGCAUAUGCAUAUUUUGUAUCAUUUAUAUUCUUUUGCUCAUUCCUCAUGUUGAAUUUAUUCGUUGCCGUUAUUAUGGAUAAUUUUGAUUAUCUUACAAGAGACUCCAGUAUAUUGGGUGCCCAUCAUUUGGACGAGUUCGUUCGUAUAUGGGCUGAAUAUGAUCCAAAUGCGACUGGUAGAAUACAUCAUACGGAAAUGUAUGAUAUGUUAAAAAAUAUGGAUCCUCCGUUGGGGUUCGGUAACAAAUGUCCCAAUCGCCUCGCCUAUAAGAAACUAAUACGUAUGAAUAUGCCGUUAGAUGACGAAAUGAGAGUACAAUUUACAACGACGCUUUUUGCGUUGAUACGCGAAAAUUUGAGCAUUAAGAUGCGAUCUGCGGAGGAAAUGGAUCAAGCGGAUAUGGAACUUAGGGAAACCAUAACGAAUAUUUGGCCUUUGCAAGCGAAGAAAAUGUUAGAUUUGCUUGUACCACCCAUAGACCAACUGAAUAAAGGAAAGUUGUCAGUUGGCAAAGUGUACGCCGGCCAAUUGAUAUUGGAGUCGUGGCGUACGACGCGGUUCGGACAAAUCGAUUCUGGCAUGCCGAAACAAUCGUUCUUCAACUGCCUGCUCGAUAUGGCCGCACUCGAUAAGGGCGGAUCGCGCCAGGGUUCAAUUAGCUACGAAGCGAACGGCGACGGUGGUGCCAACUCACAAACGCACUUAUUAGCAAACACAAAUCAUCAUCACCUGAACGGUGAUGCCGAACACAAUAGUUUGGCAUCACUGGCUCGCCGGACUACAAUCAAAAAACGUUCCGUUAGAAACAAAAAGGUGAAUAAGUUUGACACACUUCCAGUGAUGCUGGAGCUGCAGGAUGCCUCGAGACAUCCCUCGCAGGAAUCCUUAACCGGUGCCGAUGCUGGUCAUUUACAUCCUGGUCACGCGUAUCACAAUGGUCAUCAUCGUCGUUCGCCAAGUUUAAGACAUAACGGAUCUCCAUUGGCCAGAUCUCCAAGUCCUAGACGGCGAGGCCAUCAAUACAUACAUCAUGAUAUUGGGUUCUCCGAUACCGUAUCUAAUGUUGUAGAGAUGGUCAAGGAGACCCGUCAUCCUAGGCACGGAUAUGGACAUCCGCGUUAUCCAAGAGGUUCAUGGUCAGCAUCGACAAGUCCGGCCCGUUCGCCCUCGCCUUCUCGUUAUGGUGGCCAUUAUUCGCGCAGUAGGCGUACAGAACUGCCUUUUCCCACAUAUGGGACAACAAGUCUAUGUCAAAGAUCACGUUCGCCGAGUCCCGCUCGACUUCAGGAGAUGCGUGAACGAGAUAGACUUGGUUAUGGGAUUGAUAUGGGUGGUACUCAUGUUCAGUACAGUUACCCAACGCUGGCAUCGCGACGUGCUGGCAUGGGUCGACGUCUACCACCGACACCAAGUAAACCAUCAACACUACAGCUGAAGCCAACCAAUAUUAAUUUUCCAAAACUUAACGCAAGUCCAACACAUACACAUCACUCGACACCCCAUAGUGUUCAUUCUUUGCCACACCACCGUGAUCUGCUGCGGGAUCGUGCGAUGUACCGCGACCUGUAUAGCAGUAGAGAACGCGAUCGUGAUCGAGAGCGAUAUCGAGAUCACCUUCGCGACUACGAUAUGCGGUAUGAGUAUCGGGAUCAUGAACGUGAACUCUAUGAGAGAGAGCGUGAUCGUCAAAGGGAUUUCGAAAGAGAAAGACUGGAAUAUAUAGCGCCGCUGUCGUUUGAACAAGCGCUCGCUAUGGGCAGAACGGGUCGUGUACUGCCGUCACCCGUUCUAAAUGGCUAUAAGCCAAAAGGUGGCUUACACGCACGACAUUCGGAUUCGGACGAGGAGGACUGGUGCUAGCAAAGGCUUUGAUUGCGAUUGCGUAAUCGAAGGGAACAGAUCUGGGUAUAGCAUCAAGCCAUAUUUCCAUCACUUUCUGCACCGGAUUUAGACCAUAAUUUUGAUACAAUACCGUUGCAACACUUCACAGCUGCAUCCGAUACCGAUAUAUUAGAAACCACAUUCAUAAAUACUGCCACAGCUGCUGUUGUUAAUAUUAAUGAUGACACCGAACCGGAUGCUGCUACACUUUUACGAAUGGGUGCCAGAGCCGCAACAGAACCCGCAAUUUCUGGCUUAGAUGUGGAUCAGGGCGAGCAUAGCCGUCUAAGCUCCGUCUACAGACAGUUUUCUUUGGUUCUGCCACAUUCAGAAACGGCCCCAGAAUGUGAUAUAGCUACUACGCGAAUAUAUUCUGAUCACGAGCUUUUCCAACCAAAUCAACAGCAUACACAGUAUGCAGUCAGUGAACCACACACGCCGUUAACCAGGUACUUGCAACAGCAGCCCACGAUGACAGCAACAACACAACCCGAACAACAUGUGUAUCAUACGUUGUAGACGCCGAUAAAUACAUAUACACAUACAAGUACAUAAGAAAAUAUUCAGCUAAAGCCAGUACGCUAAUAUAGACAUUAAAAUAGAUUGUGACUACAAUAGCAGUUAGCUGAUGAAUUAUAUAAUUGCAUACAGACAUGUGUACAGAGCACUUAACACGUUACACAUUACCAUACACACUCAUUCCAAAUAUUCGGAUAUUUAAAUCUCAAAAAAGCUGAUUCUCAAGUUAGGCGUAUACAAAUAUCAUUUGAAAAUAUUUUUUUCCACUUUUUCAUAGCAAAAUAUUUCAGCAUAAACAUAAUUUAUACACGAAUGUAUAUAUAUAGUUAUGUGUGUAUGUAUAAAUAAAUAUGCAUAUUUGGAUGCAUAGGUACUGCCUUGUUUCUGUUGAAGUUUGGUCCAAAGCAUUACUGCAACUACUGCACUCAAACGCAUGCAUACACAUACAUAGGCAUAUACUAGGAAAUUGUUAAUUGUAUUCUACAUACAUACAUACAUACACAUUUGUUUAAACAUUUGUUAAGAGACUUUUAACUAUGCAUUAAACUCUGUUGGUAGCUUUAAAUAACAAAUGUGGACAUAGUACAUUAUCAUACAUACAUACAUAUAUACAAUCAAGCAUUUAUUCAUACACAUUUGCAUACACAUUGAAGUAAGACAAAAAAAGACUUCUUUCGUCGUUUACAUAUAUUUUAGUGUUAAUUAUAAAAUGGAUUAGCUUGAAGCGAAAUGAUUUUAUUCAAUAGAUUUAGCGAAAACAGUAAUAAAUAUAAAUACAAAUACAACUAAAACACACAUACACAUAAACUCCAAAUUUAUUAAAUGGCAAAGGGAAAUGGGGCCAAAAGCGUAAAACAUAGUCUAAUUUGCCUAAAACUCCUUGAGGAUUUGUAUAGCGAAUGGGGGAAUCGUAUGGAAUAGCAAAUUUUAAUUACCGUAUAUUUUUUAUUUGAACUAUAUUCACACAUACAUACUUGUAGCCAUAAUAAUAUACACAUAUAUACCGUAGAUAGCCAAAAUCACGAUAGCAUAAAGUGAACUUGUAGAAAUGCAAUAUAUUGUAAUUUUAACACACAUUCUAAAAAGAGUAAAUACAUAAUGCAUACAUACAUAUACUUAUACAUACAUACACUUAUGUAACCAUGCACGAAGCAAAUAAAAAUUAUGAAAAAUAUUAAUAGGUUUUUACACUGAAGCCAAGCAAAGUUUAGAGUAGCAAGUUUUUAAAAUGCAUUUAAUGAGAAAAAAUGCAAAACUUGAAGUCUGAAUACAGAAAGCAGGCAAAUUAUGGACACACACACAUAUUACGGAAAAUAAACCAUUCACGAAAACGGCUACAUAACACGACACUAAAGCAUUUUCUCCACAUGACACUAGAUUCUGACCAGAACAAAGGCACUCAAGCACUGUGUUAAUAACAUUGAUAAGAAAUGGCCAAAAUUUCGCUUGGAGUCUCGUGAAGUGACUAGCCACACAUACCAGGGUGACAUGAUCAAAGCAUUUUUGAAGUAAGAAACGAUUACGUGCGCACUGUGAUAGAAAUACACAUAUAUGUAUGUAUAUAAUAUUGCCUUUGGGUACAUUAUAACUGUGGGAAGAAUAUUUUUAUGGUGGAAUUUGAACUAAAGAUCUCAUAAAUGUCCAACCAAGGCGACGUAAUCAGGCAAUUGAGGAGCCACGAAUGUAGUAACCGCAUACUGGCCAACAAUGGAUCUAGUACUACCACGAGUUCAUGCCUUCACAAUCAAACAACAAGUUUUUAAUUAGUUUUCGUAUGCGUCAAUGGGUUUCAUUCGUUCAUAUAUUCGAAAUAAAUAAAUGAUUAAGGAUUGUGGUUCACAUUUUUUUUAGCUAUAAGUGAGAAUUGUUGAAUCACUUUUUUUGUUGUCAAAAUUUAUUGUCUGGAAUUGAGAGAAAUCUGAAACGCAAGUAACACUAAGCUGCCAGCAGACUUCUUGUUAGCAGUGAAAAUUAAGAAAAUAGUUUUGACGAUAGUAUGCCGCUAUACUCAUCGAUAACUGGAAAAUAUUAUAAUGAUAUACUAUACAUAUGGUAGAUGCUUUAUUGUGUUAAGUUAAAAUCUGCUGAUGUCAAUAAGAGCAAAUACAUUAUAAUCAUAGAAAGAUCAAUGAAAUCAUGUGUCAACCACAAUUCUUAAGCAUUCCAUUGAAGACUGAAUGUAGGCGAAGGCUAGAAGUCCAUUAUUUUCUCCACAAGUGUAGUCAGCAAAAUCGCUUGCACUAUCACACAUCCACACAUACACAUUUAUAUGCCUGUCAACACUGUGCCGUUGCACAUGCACAUCUCAACACAAACAAAGAUACCAUAUUUGUUUCGAAGUCUGCAAUAACACAUCAAACGAUACUGGUCGAAAGUAAAACUUAAUUUAAUAAAAUUCCAAAAUCUCGAACAUACGUAGUUAGUGUGGAAAUAUCUGAUUCAUAAUAUUUUGUAAAUAAUCGCGAAAUCGAAAAAUGUAAAAAUUUACCUAAAAAUAAGCUAAAUGUAUUAACAUAAUAGGCAUAUACAAAAAAUAUAUAUUUAAAUAAAAAUACAAAUUCAAAAUACGGUGGACGAAACAGCGCACAAAUAAAUUAUGAAUUCCCAAAGAGUAGAAACAAAUAAACUAAAAACUAACAAAGCCAUAUAUAACAUUAAACAUAAUAAAAAGAUGGCAGCAUCCAUCUGUACAGUUUUUUUAGUUCGCAUAUGAAGUGUAAAUUAAAAAUAUUCGCAACAACUUUGGUUACUUUAAAUAAGAAUCGUUCAUGUAUUAUUUCGAUUAAGUCAAAUGUUGGAUAAAAUUGAAAAAAAAUAGUAAACCCGUAUAUUUUCGUUAUUUUUUAACACUUGACCUUUUAUGACAUUAAGAAAAAUGUUUCCAGCUUACAGUUUGACAUUUAACUACAUUUCAAUAAUUAGUACGUCCCCCAAGUUCCAAAAAAAACAUUUUCUACGGAUUUAGAAAUACAUCUUCUUUUUCUUCUUUAUUGGCGUAGACACCGCUUACGCGGUUACAGCCGAGUUUAGAAAUAUGUACAUAUGUAUAUGAUAUAUAUUCAAAGUAAACAUUUUAUAUUGCCAGCGGUUCGAAAGCGCGAUUACAAAUAAUAAGUUCUAGUUGCAAUCUGCAGUGGGUGUAAGGGUUUCAUAUAUCAGUGUAAAAUUACAUUUAUUGCGAUGAAUAUUGCUAAAUAAUUAUGCAAAAAUUUAUUCUUUCGUGGCUAUAUAUAAUAUAUACAUAUAAAUAAAUUAGCGUUUUUGUCCAUUCAAAUGUUGUGACGAGAGAGACGAUGUCGUUUUAUAUUUUUCUUGAAAAUUUCAUUAACAAUCGCUUCAACCGAAGGCAGUGGAAUCGUGAUGGGCGGCUUAAUAAAAGAAACGUGAGACCUAAGUACAAGUAUGUAAAAGUUGCGAACUGCUAAUAAAUUUAAAAACCUUUUGAGCGAAAUUGCUAUGCCCGUACAUUUGGCAUUGUCCGUCGCGGAUAAUCAUGUUUGUUGUUGGUUAGAACAGGCAAAGCCGGGUCUUGAGGGUUGGACCUUAAUUUAACAAUUUAACUUAUAAUUUAUGUUAAAAGAAGCUGUCAAAAUAUAUAAUUUCUCUAAACCUUUUGUAUUGAAUUUCCACUUACUCUAUUAAAAAAAAUUAUUCAUCAAAUCGUAUAAACGACUUUAAAGAUUUAAUGAAAAUACAUAUGUACAUGAAUUUGCUUAACAAACAGUGUGCAACACUAAUUUGCAUUUUCAAGUAUCUUUGCCCUUAGAUAAUUUCAGGGAACUUUAUUGUUCGAGCAAUUGUUGUUAUAUUAUCACUAUUCACACGCAUUUAAAUAAAAGCACUUCUGUAAAUUUUGUGGGCUUUAAGCAAUUUAAUAUCCACACUAAUCUGCCCUAGUUCUUCAAAAAAGUCUUUGCUACAAAUUUGUGUUUUUUAACUAAACUCUAAUUAAAGAUAAUUGUAAAUAACUUUUGUUACUUUUUUUAUAUUCUCUUAUAUACAUAUGUAUAUUUCUAUAUUUUAUUAUAUUCGAAUGUGUUUAUCAAGUCCACACAUAGCAUAAAGAUUUCGUUUAUAUUAAAAUUUUGAUAAUAAUAUCUGUAAUGCAGUUUUCGUUUUAUUUCAUAGUUAAAUAAAUCAUUACUUUUCACUAAGAGUACGAAUCGUUGUUUUAUAAAAUAUCAAAGUAUUCAUCUCAAUCAGUUUUUAUUAUAAAAACAUUAUAAAAAACUAUACGACAACAAAAAAUUAAAGAAAUCGCAUAACCGUAAUAAAGCCACACACAGUCAUAAUCUCAUCCACACAAUGCAUGCCUACAUAAAAAAUAUUAACACAAUUACAAACAUACUAUAAAUAAUGCAAAUAUGAAACCAAAUCGAAGUAUCUUGAUCUGUUCCUUAGGUAAUACGAGAACGAUAGGUAAAUAUGCAAUACUGAAAAUAUAAUAAUUCAUAGCUACAUUGUAAGGAAUAACAUAAAAGAAAACUAAUUCACUAGAUUAAUGAAAACAAAUAUUGCUAAAAAUAAAUAUUUCGUAAAUAACGUUAGAUAUUGUACUUUAAAUAAUGGAAAAAUAAUAAAUAAAAAUUAUGUAAAUUUUUGAAUUAAUACAUUAUUCCUUGAGAAUAAAUUGCCUGCGUGUGAAAUUUAAACAUGAACGUGAAAUACUGAGCUAGUCGUAUAAAAUAUUUUAUAUGAAACCUAAAACUGAAUAAAAACCAAAAACAAAUAAAAAACAAAAAAACAACAAAACUUACCAAAAAAUAACAACUUGCCCUUACUUGUAUUAAAAUUAAAAAAAAAACACGAAAAAGAGAAAAUAUAGUGCAGAUAAAAUAGAGUUUAAUAUUGAGCAAAAAGAAAACCAAUAAAUUAUUAAUACAAAUUAGCGCGAUUAAGGCAUAAAUUGAACUUACCUAUAUAAGAGAAAAUUUAAAAUAAAAAAUUCAAAUGGUAAAUAUUUAAUGAUUAAUACUGUAAUGUAUUUAUGGAUAUAAUAACAAUAUAACACCUGCCUUCAAUAAAUUUUAUUAUACUUUAUUAAAAAAGCAAAGAAGAAUCAUAAUAUGAGCAAAUGAAAGUAAUCAUUACUUUUUAUUAUUAGGAAUUCAAAAAAAUGAAAAACCAAAAAAAAAGAAAACAAAAAAUAAUAAUUAUAAGAACAUAAAAUAAUUAUAAAUUUACGUAAAACCAAGCCAACUUUUACAAUUGUAAAUUAAACGUAACUGAAAAUUAAAUUUUUUUUUUAGAUAUUUAAAUUAUGACGUUGAAAUGGAAAAAUCAGCACUCAUUUCAUACUAAAAAAGUAAAAUCAAAUGCAUAAAAUAAAACCAAACAAAAGCAAAUAGAAACAGAAACUUUACCAUUUGAAAUGUAAAAACUGCGCAGUGAACACAUACAGACACACUCCAAUUUAAAAAGCAUAAAUCAUUCAUCAAACGCCUGUCAACACAACCAAAGGUUACCGAAUUGUCCCUAAAAGCGUUUACAAAUCAUGUGAUUAUACUAUACAUCGGUUAUUAAACUAUUUCUUUACCUUAGUUCAAUUAGUUCAACCAAUCUAUCAUUUUCAUAAAUUUCGCGCUUGUUUUUAUACAAAUGUGCUUUAUGUAGUCUAGUAUUGUGAAUGUCUGCUUAAAAGAAUUCUUAGGAUUGCACUUGAAAACUUUCAAAGCGUUCGUUUCACUAUUUUAUCGUCAUCAGAUUAUUUCAUUUUACAGUUCUGUAAUCAAACUUUGAAGAAAGGUUAUCCGCAAUAAGGUUCCAUAUAAUCAAUAGAAUACAAAGAUGCCAAAAACACGCGAGUAUUCACCACAUUUUGUUGAUACAAAAUUAUUUUGGGUGUUAAAAAUAUAAUAUAAUAUAUUCAACUACCACUCGAUCCUAUAAAUUUUCAAAAGUAUACAUUUUAAUUCAGAGUUACGAAUCGAUUUAAACUUCUGUACUUUUACACAAAACAGAAACAAAUUUCGCUUUUGUAGUUCAAAGUAGACACAACGAUAAUACAAAUAAAUAAUUUCCGCCCGCCCUUAUGGCUUUUCAUCGAAAAAUUCUGGUAUUAAAUAAACAUUUUAACUUAAAACGGUUUGAAGAGAAGAGUUUCAAAAGUUUUAAAGAACACUUCCUAAAAACAUGCUAUUCUUCAUUUUUAGUUUAGAUGUGCUUUCAAAACGCAAUGAUUUUAUGUAGAGUUUAACGCUUUAGUGUUUAAUUUUACAUAAAGAUUUUUAUUCAUGAACCAGGUGACACAUUCAGAGUUUCCACAGCCCACAUACGUUUGUGGUAUUCGUUUCCAGAGUAGUUCUAAGUCUCUUUAUUACUCAAAGUUUUGCUCCCACAGAUGGACAAAUAUAGUAAUUUAGAUUUUGUCUUCAUUAUCAAUAUUAUCUUUUGGGUGUGGUAGUGUUUUGUUUUUCGAAAGUUCACAUCUACUUUCGACCCAAAAUUAAACAGUAUAAAAUAAAGUCUUAACCAAUGAUUAUAAAUUCCAGAAAUAUUCACAAAUGAAAUAUGCUCGAUCAAUCAUUAUAGCAUGUCACACUAUGAUACACAGUAUUUUAUUGUAAUUUGAUUGAAAGAUUAUAUCGGAUCGUUUUUAGUUUCUCACAGUUACCACAUAACUCCAUUAGGUUUAUUUCCCAAUUUAACAAUGUUCGAAGUCCAUUCACUUUUUCGAUAUAAACCAAGAAUGAUAGAAAUAAAGACAACCACAGUUUCCUUCCGUAAGUACUAUGAAAAUUUGACCAUUUGUUCUGUUAGAUUUCCGGAAUAUUGUCACUGUCAUACCUGAUAUAAAAAAACGUUAAAAGAAAAUAAGCUCAUGGUAUAUGUACAUAUAAUAUAAAAUAUAAUAUUCUCGUUAUAAAUAUAUGUUUUUUUCUGCCCAAAAAAUAAGAAUACUAUGUUUUUUAAUAUAUACUUCCCUUAUUUGUAAAAAAAAUAAUGACGGCUCAAACUUUUUCGAGUGAGCUGUGAAACUGUUUCACACUUCAAUCCUAACGACCAAUAUCUAUUUUAAGCUGGAUGUGAAUUAUUUAGUGUUCCUCUUGUAACUGCAUAUUACCUAAACAAUUUCUAUGGAAGUAUCCCUACUAAGUAUGUACAAUGAGUUCAUAAAAAAUCCAGAUAUCGAAGCUGUUCCAGUAUGUUGGUGAACAAAUUAUUUUGAUUUUUUUUUCUUUUAACUCAAAAUUCUCUUCAUACACAUACAUAUUAAUAUAUAUACAUAUAAUAGAUGAAUACAUACCAUACCCUAAGGGCUUCAUUAUCUUACGCUUUUAUAUGCCAUUCACUUCGUAUAUAAGAAUCAGACAUUAAUAAAACUUAUAACAAUGAUACAUGCCUGUUUACAUAUACCAUACACAUAGGUAUAUACAUAAAUACCGAAAAUGCGCCAGUUAAGAAAAGCUUCAAACUUAGUCGCUUUGUUUUGAAGAGUGAGUCAAAAGAUUUUACUUCGCUAAUUCAGUUUUUGAAAAAUAUCAAACCAUUUUCCUUUCCCUUUUCACGUAAUCGCAGUAAAAUAUUUAAUAAAUCCAAGUAUUUCAAAUGCAUUUUACCAGUUUUGUAAAUGGCCACUUAACCUUUGGGGUUUGCGAAGUGAUAUAAGCGAUUAUAGAAUACAUAAAGUGUAUAUACGAAAGUCCAUUGGGAAUUUAUUGAAGAAAUCGCAAUUUCAAGUAUAAAAAUUAGUUCACAGCUGCAAGCCCCAAGGUUGAAGGUCAUGAGUGAAAAUCAGAUUGUUAACAACAACGUUUAAAGGUGGGGUUAAAUACCACCACGAAUAGUACCAUUUUCCCAAAACGCUGCGUACAAGAAUAACUAUCCACAAAGGUAAAUAAAUUGUCCACAUGCAUACGAGUACUAAUCAUAGUAAUCAUUGAAAAUAAUAUUAUGAAUCCAGCAAAGCAUUGAUAAAAUGAAAUUUAUAAAAUAAAAUAAGAUUGAAGAAAUACAAAUUUAGUUAAUGUUGUUAUAAACAAUUAUAUUCUAAUUAUUAACAAAAAUAGAAAAAUCCAACCAAUUAAAAUGAGAAAUUUUUUUUUCAAAUAAAUGACGAUCUAAAGAAAAACUGUAUUGCUUUCAUUGCCACUCUGCACUCGUUCGUUAAACCGAGAUGCUUUAAAGAAGUCCCGACACAAAUAAAGCGUUCUUCUACCAUUUAGGCUACGUUGUUAUUAUGCCACUAGUCCUCCUCAAACUCGGCGACUCCAUUUGUGCGACCAUUUUCUUGAGGUCUGUGAUAGUAAAAAUUGGUGUGGCCAGGAUAAGACAGAUACUGAAGCUAUUCGCAUAUUAUUUCAUUAAAAUGUUGUCCAAUUUUUAUCAAUUUCUGAUAUUGUGCACGGUCUUUAUGAACAGCACUUUUAUUUACGCCUGUACAGCCUAUUUUUCCAUACUUUUCAAUUAAAUUCAGCAUUAUCGAUUUUUAUAUGGCCCAUGAGAGAAAAUAGCGCGUUAUAUUAUAUAUAUAAGGGGUGAUCCAAGUAGAGAUACUUUUUUCAAUAGACAUUUUUUGAUCACGUGAGAGUCGUGUCUUGCUAUUUUUGUUCAGUAUUGUUUGGCAUUUCAUCAUGGAAAGACUUACGCCUGAACAGCUUUUAUAAAUCAUUCAACGUUAUUACGAAAGUUCCCGUUAGGAAUAGAAAAUACAGCUUGUAAAAGAACUAAAGCCGUUCGACCUUUCUGCGCGACAUCGCUUUGCUCUAUGGACUCUCGAGAUGUUCCAAUAAGAUGCGCCGUUUUCGAGCCAAACUUUCUUCAGGGAUGAGGCCCACUUCUGGCACAAUGGGUAUGUAGAUAACGGAAAUUGCCGCAUUUGGGACGAAGGGAAUGAAGAGAUUCAAUAGCUGCCAUUUCAUCCAGAAAAAACAACUUUAUGAUAUUUCUACAAAAAUGAUGACGGUGAGAACGUAAGCGACUAUUUGAUACCUGAAAUUGAAACUAGUGAUCUCUGCGACAUUUGGUUUCAAAAAGAUGGCGCCACUUCCUACACAUCGCACCAAUCAAUGGAUUUAUUGAGAGAACACUUCGGUGAACAGAUAAUUUCAAUGAAGUUUCUGUGUUUUUUCUUUAACUUUUCGGCAACCUCGAAAUAGAUCACGCCAUAGUUAGUAUGUUGAUGAAAGUUGAUUCAUGGAGUUGAUAUUAGGUAUGUUGAUUAUACUCAUUUCAAAAUCGAUUUAAUAUAUUUUAACAGCUGUUCUUAACUACCACAAAAGAAAAGAAAUUAGUGUAAAUAGAAAAUUUGCAAGGCAGCUACGCAAAUAAGUGUGCCCGUGCGUACCACUGCGUGCCAGCGCGUUUCAGUUGGAUCACUUACUAUAAAAGCCACUGACAAUAAGAUGUUCAGCAGUAGACGAUCAUUUCAUCGAACUGAAUCUUUAACUUCUUUCAAAAUGAAACUUUAUUUUAUAUUAUUCCUUGCCAUAGCGACCUGCCUGGCAUAUGUACAGGCACAGGAUGAUACUACAACUACUACAACCGCAGCUAGUGAUACCACCACGACAACAGCAGCUGGAGAUACUACCACGACAACAGCAGCUGGAGAUACUACCACGACAACAGCAGCUGGUGAUACUACCACGACAACAGCAGCUGGUGAUACCACUACUACUACAGCAGCUGGAGAUACCACCACCACAACAACAACAGCAGCGACCACUAAAACUACUCGGAAGAGAACUACUAGAAGAAGACGAAGAACCACACGAAGAAGAAGAAGAACCACACGAAGAAGAAGAACCACCCGAAGAAUCAGGAUCAUUCGAAGAACAAGGCGUGCAAAUGGCGGUAAUGCAGCUAACGGCGGCAAUGGCGGAAACGGCGGCAGACGAGUUAUAAGAAGACGUAGGAUUAUCGAAGGCUAAAUAUUUAUGUCAUGAAUACAAAAUGAACACCGAAACUAAAUUGAAUAAAUUACAAAAAUAGUUAUCCAGCAGAAUAA